AUGUCCAACCCCAAGAAGAGAUCGGCGCCGAGCCAGGACGGCGAGGGCCAGAAGAAGAAGAAGAAGAAGUCGGCGUACCACGUCGACGAGACGCUCCUGAACAGCGAGCUGGGCAUCAACGAAGCUUUCGCCGUCAUGGACAACCAGCUACUCGCCGACUACACCGCGCAGAAGAUUGCCCGGUUCGGCACGGAUCUAAGCCCCGUAGAGGUGUCCGACCUGUCCAUCUCAGCAAACUCCAUCAAGGACACAACGUCUUGGACGGAACCCAGAGCCCUAGAAAAACUGCCCGAGUUCCUGGAAAAGUUCGCCGACAAGCCCGAAAGUCUGAGCGCGGCGCCCAAGAAGAAGGGCACUCCGCACACCAUCAUCGUCGCCGGGGCCGGACUGCGGGCGGCGGACAUCGUGCGCGCCGUGAGGAAGUUUCAGACUAAGAAGAACACCGUUUCGAAGCUUUUCGCAAAGCACAUGAAGGUGGAUGAGCAGGUCAAGUUCUUGCAGAACACGCGGACAGGCAUCGCAGUCGGCACGCCGGCGAGGCUUAUGGAGUUGGCCGAGAAUGGGGCAUUAUCACUGGAGAAGCUGCAACGCAUCGUGGUGGACGCGUCGCACAUUGACCAGAAGAAGCGCGGCGUCAUGGACAUGAAGGACACGAUGCUGCCGCUCGCGAGGUGGCUGACGCGGCAGGAGUUCAAGGAACGGUAUGUGGACGAUAAGAAGCAUUUGGACCUACUAUUCUACUAG